CCGGAUUAACAUCCAAUGUUACGGAUUUUGUAAGAAAAUCCAGAAAUCCGGUAACACAAGGAUCGAACCAAGCCCUUUUUGAAAAUAAGGACUUCAGACCAGUUCCGCACUACUUUUUCUUGGAUAACUUUUUGAACACGACGAUCUCAGCAUCGUAUUCGCGACGGGGGAAAAGUGCUGAAACGUCCUUUGAGCAGGGGCCCCAUUUCGUCUCACGCCGUACAUCACUUAUGGGCUGUGUACAGAGAGUUUGUAUGGUGUAUUUUCGCGCUGCUCUGCGGGGACUGGGCGCUGCGAAGAAAUUACGAGGCGUCGACUGUCACCAUUCGGGUGUUGUUGAAUGAGACCCGCUUGGCGUUGGUCGCCUCGUCAUUCGAGAGCGUCGAAAGCGGGACGCUGCUAUCAAUGUGAGGGGUCCGGCGAAGCGGGUGAAUGCAGAGAAACCAGACGAAAGAGAACUAGUCAGCGUUUUUUUGAAGUUCAAAGAAGAGUUGUCAGGACGGAGGAAUGUGGUGAUGAGACAAGCGUUUUCGCAGAGGGUUGGGCGAAGUGGCUGGCUAGCGAGGCCAAGGACCCAGUUCGCCUUGUUUUGACGCGUUCAUGGAUGGACGCCCUGCGCGCGAGGGUUAUGAGAGGUGUGGAACGCCGGUUAUUGAUUGAUUUGUGUGAGUGAUGGAAGGGGUGGCUCUGGAGGUUUGAUUUGAGCACUGAGGAGUUUUUCGAGUUUUUGUAGGUUCGAGCAAGAGAAAUUGAGAGUUCGUUUUCCAUUUUUUUAAGGGGGUGGUGGUAGACAAAAGGUUACAGGAGCUGAGUCAAAAAAAAGUUUCUUUUUUACUCUUGUCUGAAAGUCCGUUCGAAGAUGCCAGUGGUCAGCGUUCCUAGAGAUUUGCUUUUUGAGACGUUAGGAAGGAGUUAUUCCAACGAGGAAUUUUCGCAGCUGUGCUUCGACUUUGGAAUCGAGCUGGAUGAAGUGACAACAGAGAGCAAUCUUUGUAGGAAGAGGGGGGUUGAAUUGGCAGACGCGAACGACGAGGUGGUUUGCAAGAUCGAAGUGCCGGCAAAUCGCUGCGAUUUGCUGUGUUUUGAGGGGAUAUCGAGGGCUCUGCUGAUGUACUUGGAGAAAAUGGGGCUUCCGUCCUACCGAUUGAGCGACCCGAUGGUAGAGAUGCACGUGAACGCGUCAGUGAUGGAGGUGCGCCCGCACAUUGUUUGCGCGGUUUUGCGCAACGUUCGCAUGACGCAAAGAGUGUACAAGUCCUUUAUUGAGUUACAGGAGAAGUUGCACAGCAGCAUUUGUCGAAAGAGGUAUUUUGCGUCGAUUGGGACUCACGAUUUGGACACGCUCGAGGGUCCGUUUAGUUACACGGCCGAGUUGCCCGAGGAAAUUCGCUUCGUGCCGCUCGAGAAGUCCGAGGAGUUAGACGGACACGGGGUGAUGGAGUUGUACAGGAGUCACGCACAGCUCAAAAAUUACCUUUAUAUCAUCCAGGACAAGCCGAGAUAUCCGGUCGUUAGAGAUAGACACAAAACAGUUUUGUCGCUCCCGCCGAUCAUUAAUGGCAAUCAUUCGAGGGUCACGCUUAAUACAAAGAACAUCUUGAUUGAGGUGACCGCUUUGGACCGACUUAAAGCCGACAUCGUCUUGGACAUCAUGACGACCAUGUUCAGCCAGUAUUGCGCCGUUCCCUACGUGGUCGAGCCGGUCCGGCUCGUUUUCGACUCGCCCUCGUCGUGUUCCGGCCGCCAGGUCGAAGUUUCUCCAAAUUGGGAGCGCAGGGAGAUCAGAUGCCGGACCAGCGAAAUUUGCGAAAUGAUAGGCGUUUCUGUCUCUACAGAGCGUGUCGUGGGAUGUUUGUCUAGAAUGGGUUUGGGACCGUGUUCUGUGUCUGCGGACGAAAUCGCGGUUGGAAUUCCUCCGACAAGACCGGACGUCAUACACGCCUGUGACAUAGUCGAAGACGUCGCCAUUGCUUAUGGAUACAAUAACGUUGGGCUGAGCGUUCCUUCUACCGCUACGUUGGGCAGGCAGUUGCCCAUCAACGAGCUGUCCGACUCGCUUCGUCGUCGACUUGCCGAACUUGGGUACACCGAGAUUUUGUCGUUCGUGCUGUGUUCAGCUCGCGACCAAUACGACAAACUCAACCAGAAGGAGGACGGGAAGACUUCUGUAAGGCUCAGGAACCCGGUUGGGAAUGUCCAAGUGGUUCGCUCAAACCUGCUUCCAGGUCUUCUGAACUCUUUGUCUUUCAACAAGGGCGCCCCUCUGCCAGUGCAGGUGUUUGAAAUAGGCGACGUGGUCUUCAAAAAUCCAGACAGCGACAUCGGGGCUUCGAACAAGAGGCAGCUGGCCGCCAUCUACCAGAACAACAAAACCGCCGGGUUUGAACAGAUUCACGGCUUGUUGGAUUCCAUCAUGUUGGCCCUAGACGUAGCGCCCAAGGGCUGGAGGGUCCCGAAACCGUCUCAACUAAUCUAUUCCAUUCAUCAGACAGAGCACGCCACUUUUUUCCCCCGCAGGUGCGCUAAGGUGCAAGUGAACGGACGCGAUGUGGGCAUUUUUGGAAUUAUCCACCCGGAAGUGCUGGAGAAUUUCAGGCUCCAGAACCCGUCGUCUGCUCUGCUUCUGGACCUGGAUAUUUUCCUGUAGAGAGCUCAUUUUUCGCAA